AAAUAACAGAAGAAAACCUCUAAAACCCGAUCAAACUGAGGUAGUGGCAGGCGAGCACGACAAAUGGGUGAUCGAAACUCACUCUGAGGUUCUGGACGUUGAAAGGGUGAUAAUCCACCCCCAGUAUCGGCCCAAAUCUAUUUUAAACGACAUUGCACUGUGGAAGUUGAAAAAUCCAGUGGAACUAACCGAAUACGUCGAUCUAAUCUGUUUACCCCGAACAGAUGUUGACUUUAGUGGCAUGCAAGGGACGGUAUUAGGAUGGGGGUGGACCAAUGCCGAUGGAGGUGAGUACAGCCAUGUUCUGCGUGAAGCCCAAGUACCAAUAUGGUCAGCAUCUGAGUGCGAAGACAAAUGGGAGAAAGAUGUUCACCCAACCCAAGUAUGUGCCGGUGGAGGAGAUAAGGAUGUUUGUUGGGGUGAUUCAGGUGGACCUCUAGCGGUAGAAGUGGAUAAUCGCUGGACUGUCGUUGGAGUUGUUUCUUUUGGAAGAAGUGGGUGUGCUGAACAAACAUGGCCAACAGUGUACACACGGGUUUCUUCGUAUCUCGACUGGAUCGAGGAACACAUCAGCGACAUCUGUAAUCCCUUUGAUAAAAUAAGUUUGAGCAGCAGCAAAGAGUUGGCUGUGGCUUCGAAUAGCACAAUAGAGUAAUACAAAUCUGCCUGAGUAUUCAACAGUGUAAGAGACGUUUUCUUGG